AAUUGGUUUUUUACACAUGAUUAAGUUCAAUAAUUUAUAAAAGUUUGCCUGCACAAUGAAGGGGAAUUAUAAGAAGGAGGAUGACUUCUGAAAUACAAAACUUAUGGAAAACAUAUCUAUACACAUUACAAUUACAAGCCCCUAAACCUAAAAUUAUAUCAUGCCAAACAUUGGCUAUUGACAAACCCAACUACUAUGAACUAGAAUUUCAUGGAAAGUUGUCAAGAAAUGAUGCAAAUAAAUUGCUCUGUCUUAACGGAGAAGGCAGUUAUUUGGUAAGAGAAAGUGAAAGAUUUCCUGGUACUUACACUCUAUGUUUGCGGUACGAUUCUGUCGAUAGACACUACAAGUUAUAUUUCGACGGUGCGCGCCAUUUUGUUCGCCCGGACAAACGGGUUCGUUCUUUGCGUACGCUCGUGGCGGACGGUCUAGUAACCAUGCACGUGGAAUCGCGAGCCAGAUCCUACCUCAACGUCUCCUCACUAUUGGUCAAUCAAGUGAUGUCACGCGAUGGCGAUGUUACGAUGAUGGGCGGCAAGAUGGAUGUAUCGGAGGUGAUCACAAAAAAUGGUUUUAACAACGAGUCUCGCAUGAAAGGGGAGUCAUACAAUGAAAAUAAAUACAUGAUGAAUCCUAAUCAUCAAUCUAGCAAGAUUGUGACCAAACAUUUGCAAGGUAUUUCAUCAAUUCACGCUAGCGAUACGCAUCUAUACGCCAACGAUCUAUGCAAUAUAAAGGCCGAGUCUUUCGAUAAGCCAGGUUAUGAAAUUCGGUCCAUCCACCACGGAAUAUCAUUACCAUUGAAAUCAUGUGAUAGAGACUUAAAAGAUGGAGGAGAGAAAGAUGGCCGACUUUACGAGAACAUCAAUCACAACGUAUGCACCAAAGGUGAGAUUCACGGUAAAAAUGGGAUUGUUAACCGGUUAUAUGAUAAAGAUGGAACUCACAAAGCUAACCAGAUCCGCGAUAAUUUUGCCGUCGUUAAUAAUAAUAUUGUACAUACCUAUCAUCUUUAUGAUAAAAGGGUCACCAUUCCUAUCACCAAUAAUUGGACCCAAAAGAGCCCGCUUAAAUUGGAUGUCAAAAAUUGUAACAAUACCCUUCCCUGCAACGAUAUUCAUAACCACGACGAAUCACGCCACAGUAAAGCUCGCAAAUACAAAAAUGAACUUAUUUCCCUUCCCAUAUACGAGAAUUUGCAAGACGUGAGCGACGAGAAAGUUGUUUUACGAAAAGGCCCGUCUAUCAGGCAUAAGGACUCAUUACCUACUAGAAUUUCAGAUACUAGAAUAUCGGGAAAUUCUAUAUUCCGAAAUUCUACACCUGUAGGGACCUCGUCCCUUAGAUUGGUCAAGCCUUCUUCUUUUGGUAUAGCUGGAGUUGAGCCUUCUUCCACUCAACACUAUUCCACGCCCCUCAAGUUGUCGACCAAACAAUCUAAUCCGAGGAGGGUUCGCACAUCCGCCAUAGUCGACAUAUUUAAUACGCGUUAUAAUAGGAAUGCUGUUUACCCAUUACCUAUCCACAAGGAUUACGAGUACGAAAAUUUUGGUCAUUUUAAAAAUUUCGUAAAUAAUGGUUCCAAAAUAAAUGUCAUCACCUACAAUGAACACUGCGAUAAAUCGAGCAUUUACAGCGACCAUUAUCAUUCGAGCGGUGAUAACACGUGCCAAUUUAAGGAGUCCUUGCUCGAUGAUAAAAAUAAGAAUCUCGAUUCAAACACCAAAAAUAGAAUCGCAUCCGGCCACUACUAUUCGCCCAAACAAGAGACCGCCAAGAGUAAGUACGCUUUCAGCGAUAAAUCAGAUUACGUGGCCGUCAAAAAUGAGGUGAAAACCAACGCCCUCAUUCCUCGAGAUGAUUUACAGAAUCCCGCAAAUCUCCAGAACCAAGUGGAGUAUUCCCCUUGCCUCAGACCUAGUUCAUUGAGGCAUUCGAUGGCAUCUUCUCCCCUCGCGCCCAGUAAAUCUCACGGCGACGUUACAUUCAAAGAUUUUUACACCAAGGUCAACCUCAAGAACGUUGCAAACCAGGGAACCGUUGAUAACGGCGAUUCGAGUUAUACAAUUAUAACGCUUAAACCCGAGAGCCCGGUGUCUUCUUCAUCUAACACGUUGCAUUCUUCCAUCUCCGAAGAAGACACCGAGAGUAACGCUUUGUUCGGCACAUCUAGUCAACCCAAGAUGCAUCAUUUUAAAGUGCGUACCUUUAAAUCCUUGAAGUGGUGCGACGUUUGCGGUGAUUUUAUGUGGGGCCUCAUAAACCAAGGCCUCAAGUGCAGGGACUGCGGCUUAGCUGCUCACUCCAAAUGCGCUAAGCAAUGCGACGAUUCUUCUUCUACUCAUACUUGCGACCUUAAGACGUGCUUGUGGGUCAAAAAUAGAGUUUUCGGCGUGGACCUUUCAGCCCAUUUGAAUCACAGUUUCGAUGCCUCUAUUAAAGGAGGCACGUCGGGGACCGCCAAAAAUGCUAAAAAGAAACAAAACAAGGGCAAAAUACGAGAUGAUAAUCGGGAACAGUCAUCUAAAAAUGGCAAAAACAUAGCUAUAAACGGAAAAAGUUGCAAUGAUUCAAUUAUCACGGAUGACGCAAAUACAAGGAGCUAUGAAGGCGACGUCAAACCUCCAUUGAUUCUAAGCAUAUGUUGUAACCUAAUCGAAAAAAAUGGCAUGCAUUCCGAAGGAUUAUAUAGGAUUCCUGGGUAUUCAGAAGAUGUUGAAACACUUAGGCAGAAAUUUGACAACGGGGAAAUACGUGACGAAAAUUAUCCUCACGAAUUAUUCAAGGACAUUAACGUGGUAGCCAGCGUCUUAAAAUUGUAUCUGAGGCUUUUACCAAUUCCUCUAAUCACCUUCGACACCUACAACCUGUUUUUGGAUACAUUGAAUAUCGAGAACAUUGACGAAGCAGUAUUGGCCUUACGUAAAGCGACUCAAAAGUUACCGUCGCCUCAUUACAACACCCUCAAAUACUUAAUAAAUCAUUUGAAAAGAGUGUCCGACCAUCAAUCCGAAAAUUUAAUGAGUUGCAGUAACCUAGCCAUGGUUUUCGCGCCGAAUAUUCUAAAAAACGGCGAUCCUACCAUUACGCCCUCCUUGCUCGUUCAAACCGUAGGAAUCUCGAACAGCGCCGAAGUCAGUAAAAACAAUGUUAGAGUUAACGACAAGGCUACCAACCUAAUUUCUAAUGAAAAAUUUAUGAAGGACUCGUAUUCGGCCGUUAAAUUGGAAGGCAGGGUCGUAGAAAAUCUCAUAAAACAUUGUCAGGAAAUUUUUUUUUACCCACAAAAUUAGACAACAAAAUUUUUUAUUAAAAGUUAAGUGUUUUUGGACAAAAUAUUUUUUUUUAAAUAGUCAAAUUCUUCUAAUAAUGUUAAAAUAGUAUAAAUUAUAUCAGUGUUUGCUUUUUCCUAAAAUAUUUCUAAUGUUUCUGUUUGUUUUUUAAAAAAUUAUAGUUGUGCCACAUUCUCUCUUUGUUAUUUAAGUUAAAUCUCAUUCUAUUUUAAAAAUGAGGAAUACAAUUGUACAUAUUUUUUUUUAAACGUAACUUUUCCUAUGGAUGUAAAUGUUAUAUUAUAUUUGAAUGCUUCUUAAUGAAUACCGUUUAAAUUUAAUGAUAGUGUACAUUGGGGGAUUUGCAAAUCACGGCCUUUCGGGGAAAGUAAAGAAAAUUCGUUCGGAAUCGGGCCGGAUCUGGCCGGGCUUUAAAAAAUAGGCCCGGUGAAGAUCACUAGUGUACAUACUUAUCGCUCAAAAUUAUGUGAAUAUGAGGUAUUUAUUUCGUAGUCUAUAACUUUCAAUUUUUAAAAAAAAUGUAUAUUAUCAGCUGUGUUCGGCAAUCUUUAAAAAUUAAGGUAGGCUCAAUAUGUACCUUUUUAAACUGAUGUAUUUAUUAUCAGUUGUCUUCGGCAAUCUUUAAAAAUUAAGGAAGACUCAUGCCAUUAUUUAAAAAUAUUGAAUUUACAAUUUCGGAAUUUGGGUUAACGUUUAAAUUAAUGUUUUGUAACUGGUAGUUUGGUUUAUUAUAUAAACUGAGAAACUUCGAAAAUCAUUUUUUUAAUUUAUUGAGAUAUUUUAUUUAUUUCGCUUUUUUUUUAAUAAAAAAUUAUUUCUUAAAUUGUCAAACGUCCGUAUUUUUUUUAGAGAUUUAUAUUAUUUAUUAUGACAUAUUUUUUUUUAAGAAUAUAAUUUAAUAUUUAUUAUUCCA